CAGUACAACACGCGGUCACCGCGGAGUAGCGCGCUUACAGCCGAAUUUAAAAUUGGAAUUCGCACAGUGUUCAACGUUCUUCAAUGAAAAACCGUGAGAAUUGAAAACGAACAUCGAUAAUAGUGAACAGUGAACUUUCGAUAUCAGUUGAUGUGUCUGAUGAACUGUGUCGUUAACGCAUUGGAAUGGAUAUUAACCAGUGACUACUAGAUUGUGAAUGUUAACCUACGGAAAUGAAUAAUCAAGAAACGCAACACUGCGAGAACUUUGACUGUUAACAUGCUUACGCUCUGGCGAUCACUUCCAUCCAAGAAAGUAAUGUGCAAGAGCAACCCACCAGACCAAAGAAUAUAAUCACAUUAAGAAACUGAAUAUAGAGAGAAUGGCUAUCCACGUGCUCCUAGCUUCAAGUGCCUUGAAGACAGUCAGUGUCACGGGCCUAUGGCUCAUACCCUUACUCUUAGGGGCAUUCACGUAUAACAAUUACAACUCUUACGAUCCUGAAGCCAAGGUGCAGGACACGGACCCAAAGAAAGAGUAUGACUUCAUCAUUGUUGGAGGCGGGUCAGCUGGUGCUGUGGUGGCAAACCGGUUGACUGAAAUCGCAAGCUGGAAUGUUCUACUAUUAGAAACUGGACCAGAUGAGAACGAGAUAACUGACGUGCCGUCUCUUGCUGGCUACCUCCAGCUGACGAAGGUUGACUGGCAGUACAAGACAGAGCCAACAAACUAUGCUUGUCUUGGAUAUAAGAACAAAAGGUGCAGUUGGCCCCGUGGCAAGGUCUUGGGUGGUUCCAGCGUUCUAAACUACAUGAUCUAUGUUAGAGGCAAUCGAAACGAUUUUGAUCAAUGGGAAUCGUUUGGGAAUCCAGGCUGGUCUUAUGAAAACGUUCUUCCAUAUUUUAUUAAAUCUGAAGACAAUAGGAACCCUUAUUUAGCAAAUAAUAAAUAUCACGGGGUUGGUGGAUAUCUUACCGUUCAAGAAGCACCCUGGAGGACCCCCUUGGCAGCCGCUUUUGUCGAAGGAGGAGUUGAAAUAGGAUAUGAAAAUCGUGACAUUAAUGGAGAAAUUCAAACUGGUUUCAUGCUAGCUCAAGGAACAAUAAGACGUGGAUCUAGAUGUAGUACAGCAAAAGCAUAUCUGAGACCAGUCAGAACGAGACCCAAUCUUGACAUCUCCUUAAAUACAAUGGCUACGCGAGUCUUAAUUAAUCCUAUAUCCUUGAAAGCCUAUGGCGUCGAAUACAUCAAAAAUGGUAGGAAACAUGUCGUCUAUGCGAGAAAAGAAGUCAUCGUAUCAGCGGGCAGUAUUAAUACACCACAACUACUCAUGUUAUCUGGCGUCGGCCCCGCACAUCACUUGCGGCACGUGGGUAUUCCAGUAUUAAAAGAUUUACCAGUUGGUGAAAACCUUCACGAUCAUGUGGGCGUUGGUGGAGUAACUUUCCUAGUCGAUAAACCUGUAUCAAUUAUUCAAAACCGCUUCCAGGCUUUUCCAGUUACAAUGAAUUACGUGGUGAAUGAAAGGGGACCAAUGACCGUACUCGGGGGUUUAGAAGGUAUUGCUUUUGUCAAUACAAAAUACGCCAACAAAUCUGGUUUAUGGCCCGACAUACAAUUCCAUAUGGCACCGGCUAGCUUCGCUUCAGAUAAUGGUCAAACUAUACGAAAAAUUCUAGGUUUAACCGAUGAGUUGUACAACACAGUAUUUAAGCCUAUUGAAAAUAUUGACGCCUGGACGAUCAUGCCGCUAUUGCUACAUCCAAAAACUCGAGGAUACGUGCGAUUGAAAAGUUCGAACCCCUUCGAACACCCAAUAAUCAAUCCAAGAUACCAUGAGAACCAAUACGAUGUAGAUAGGCUUGUCGAAGGAGUAAAGAUAGCUUUGCAAGUAGCAAACGGUAAAGCGUUUAAACAAUUUGGAUCGAGACUGCAUACAAUUCCUGUCCCAAAUUGUAAACAUUUUAUAUUUAUGUCAGACAAAUACAUUGAUUGCUUAGCCAGAACAAUUAGUAUGACAAUUUACCAUCCCGUAGGAACAGCAAAGAUGGGACCUUCUUGGGAUCCUGGUGCAGUUGUAGAUCCCCGAUUAAGGGUGCAUGGAAUAGAGAGUCUCAGGGUAAUAGAUGCUAGUGUAAUGCCAACUAUUGUUAGUGGAAAUACGAAUGCUGCAGUAGUCAUGAUCGCAGAAAAGGGUUCCGAUAUGAUUAAACAGGAUUGGUUAAAUCGGUGACAUUAGAUUGUCAACACAAACAGAUAGAACAUAAUAAAUUGCCAAUUUUAGACAUAAGAGAAAAAAAUACUAAUAAUAUAAUGGAUUGACGUUUAUCUAUCAAACCUUCUUCUCUUUUUACUUUUUUUACGAAUCGAGAAGAAUGUUUUAUAGUUAUUGUUUUAUAAAUCUUGUAUUCGUUAAGUAACUGGCGAUUUGUUACCAGAUGUAAACCAAAGUACCUAGACGUAGAAAUAUGUUAUUAAUAAGAGAGUUAAAAUAAUAUACAUUAUACAGUCAGUAAUUUUAAUUAAGUAUAGGAUGUUUAUAAUUGUUAUAUUAAUGUUAAAAAUAUUUUAUGCUUACUCAGUUUUUAUACAAUACCAUCUACAAUUCCUUGUUUUAUACACAAUUACAAUUUCAGUAUCAACAUAGUGCUGCCAGUAAAAUCGAGAUGGCGUUGUUUUUAAUAAUUUGUACUCGAGUUUCGUGAAACAUCCGAGUUCCUUUUCUUCAACAUUUCUAACUUAUUGUAAAAAGACCACUGUCUACCAAUAACAGCUUAAGGCGACUUGUAAGCAAAUCAUGUUUUUAAUAGACCAAGAAAUAAUAAGGAAUUUUAAUGAUAUCAUUUGUUGUUCGUCUUAAUGAUUGGAUAAUAUGCAUUAUCGGAUUCGCUAUCAUAUACCUAUAGAAGGUCGUCAUCAUUAUUGUAGCAACCAUAAAGAACUUAUUAUAAUACAUUGUAUCAUGGCCUUGGCUUUUUCAUAUUUUUACAAUUAACUUAAG